UGCCGAGGCAUGUUGGGCUCUACUGCUAAUGGUCGUUUAAUGGGCCCCGUUGGUGUUGGUUCAUCAACGUCGUCAAUAUCGGCCGCCACCGUCGCCCAGCAGACAUCAUCAUCGUCGCAGCACACGUCAUCGACGCAGCAACAACACCACCAACACCAUCACCAUAACCACCAUCAGCUCGGCCACCAUCAGUUCCCGGGACUUCCGCCGCUGCCGCCCCCAACGCACCUGCACAAUCCGCACCAUCACCCGCACCAUCAACAACACCAUCACCAUCGCAGCAUAUGGCCGGCGCUAGCGACUGCGGCAGCCGGCGGCCGAAGUGCAUUCGAACUGCAGCAAACCGCAACCAAUGGCGAAGUGACCGAAUCGCUAUUUGCGGCCAGCGGCUAUAACACUCCCCCGGCAGGCUCACCGUUUCUGCCCUGCUCACCGCUGGAGUUGGUGGCCAAGAACUUCCACAGCACCGGAACGGCACUCUCGUUUAGUCAAGCCAAUAGCAGCAUUUUCGUGCAAUCGCAGACGGACUUUAUCAAUGGCACUACUGCGGUCGCGAAGAAAACCGAAACCUGCAUCGGCCGCUGGGAGCAUGGCACCAUAGAACCACUACAGAUACAAGUCCCGUCGUCGGACACGCUCGUAACGCACGUGAGCAGCGGCAGCAGCAGCUUCCAUUCACCCGAAAGCGCUGCUCCUGACCGGACCGGGACUCAGUUUGUAAGGACACGGACGCCGGACAAGGAGCGGCGACGGCGACAACAGUACUACAGUGGCGCCGACGGCGCAGCAGAAACCAAACCGGGCCUGGGCCACACGGUUGAUGACACUCGGGGCUGCUGGCGUAAUAAAUCAGCUUCCGUCGAUCGGUUCAAGCGCGAGCUGCUGCUGCUCCGAUGUCGGCCUACCACCGAGGACGCUAAGCCGGCCACCCUGGCCGUGAGCCCAACCACCACCACAACCAGCCAGCAGCUGCAUCACUGCAAGCCCGAGCGCAAGUUCCACACACUGCUGCUGGAAGAAGCGAUCGAGGAUCGGCAGACCAGCGCGGCCCCACGCCAACACCCGGCGGUGGUCCAGCGUGCCCCGGAGCAGCUCGAGGCGGCCCCGGCCCCGGACUUUCGAGCUGCCGAGGAGGAAGACUACGGGGUGGAGGACCGGAAGCCCGGUGCAGCGAAGAACGUCACUCAAACGACGGUGACUCCGCUGCUGACCACGAGCACGUCGUCCACGUCCACUGCGGCGAAGCCUAGCUCCUCAGCGCCAUCUAGCGAGGCUGUCAAUCAUAGGCCCCGGCGUCGGUGGGCCGCCCUGCACUCGGCACACGUCGCCGCUCAGCCACCGGAUCCUGCAGCCGUCCUGCUGCCGACAUCCAGCUGCAGCACGACGCACCCCGAACAGCGACUUCCGACCAAGAAGCGACGCUCGGUGCGAGUCGAUCGAACGCCAGACGAGGCCGCCACCAGCAGCAGCAGUGGCGGCGGCGGCGCUGGUCGUCGUGACACGGACAUCGGAACCGUUGCUCACAUUAAACGCGAACCGUGCCAAGUGUCCGAAGUGACGACGUCCAACAGCUUCGAAGCUUCGUCCAACACGACGGCCCUGAAUGCGAUCAUAAAGAUUGAGGCUUCCUCACCGAAGGCCGCCAUCAGCUGCAGCACCAGCAACACCGGCGUUGCCAGCAGCAGCAGCACCACCACCACCCGGAGCAACAUUCUCAGCCACAGCUCGGCCAGCAUCAUCAGCAACGUCACCGUAGGACCGGCCAGCGCCGGCGCCGGUGGUGGUGCCGUCGGUUCGAAUCCCGGCUCCGGCGGUGCUGCCAACGUAAGCGCCACGAUGGACCACCAUCUCGGGAUAGCAGCCUCGGUUCAAUCUUCCGCCCAUCCGCCGCCAUCCGGUGGUGCGGUGGUGAACAACGCCAACGCCAACAUCCCGGUUGGCAUCGCGGUCGCCCGCCAGCGGCUCCAGGAGAGCUCCUCGAGCUCGGCCACCGCGGCGUCGUCGUCGCCCCAGCUACAGACCAAAGAGCUGAACCGCUUCGGUUUCGGAUUCGCGGCAGCGGCAGCGGCGGCAGCCGCGGCAGCAGCGGCCGCAGCAGGCUGCUCGGUCAAUGGCACCGGCCCCGGUCCGACGACGACGGCCCCCGAUUUGGGCUGCGCAACGCCAAGCCUCGGCCAGAACAUGUUUUUCACCGGCACCAACUCUGCCAUGAUUCCGCUCGGUUCGGACGCCGUCACGAUGGGCGUGACCAACGCGGCCGUCCGGACUCCGCCGGCCCUGUGGCAGUAUCCUGCACCCGUCCCGAUGGAAUCGAUGCUGCCGAUGCCCCCGAUGCCCCCGGUCGGGUUUCAGCUCGUGCGCGACCCUGGCACCGGCCAGAUUCUGUUCCUACCAGCCGCGGCCACAAUCGCCAAUCCGCCAAACCUGCUCGAUAAAAUCUAUAUUUCUUGUAUAGAACCAUUCCAACAAGCGGUCGUAUGGCCCUCGUACCCACAAUCGGCCACGUCGGCCCUCCAACCGCCCCAUCUGCUGUUGCCGCAACUUUCUCAGCAGCCGCAACAGCAACAGCAACUGCAGCCGCCACCACUGGCCCCACUGCAGGUCCUUAGCUCGGAUUAUCUGGCCACAGCCAGCACCACCCUGCACCAGCAACACACUCAAACGCACCACAGCACGCGCUAUCUGGCGCUGACGUCGGAUUUGAGCAGCAAACGAUCGACGACGGCCGGGGGGAAACACUCGUCGACAUCUGGCGCGGGCUGUGGUUCGUCCACCACGUCGUCGUCCCUCGUUCCCAGCUCGUGCAGCCAGCCGGUGAUACCGAUGCCCAUCCACCCGCCGCAUGCAUUUAUUAAGAUCGAGGACUGUACGGCGGCGGCGGCGGCCGCGGCCGCAGCAGCGGCAGCCGCCGUCGGAUUCGGACCGAUGCCGAGCUGCUCGACGUCCCACCUGACCUCGUCGCUGUUCGGAUCGCUCACCGCUGGCGAUCACCACACGACGGACAAGGGGACGACGACGACGACGCUGGCGGGGGCCAACCACCACCAUCUGGCGGCCCUGACGACGCCAACCGACGCCCUGGCCUCGCAACUCCUGUUCCACCCGGGCAAUCUGAUCCACUUCACGCCGACCACCAAAUCGCAUCCGGCGCUGCUCGACGCUCCGGCGAUGGGCGCAGGACUCGCGUGCUCGACCGUGGCCAAUCCGACUCCACCACCGUCGGCACUUCCGACGGCCACUCCGUCGUUGCUGCUCUCCUCGACACCAUCCCUGAAUCCAGCGACGGUACCGAUCGGCACACAAUCGCUCCUGCCGGAGCUCGUUCCGACGGCGGCCAGCUGUCUGACGCCUCCACCCGAUUCCACCGGUCACAUCGUCGCCGAGGAGAGCGGUACGAUGGGCACCGAGCCGGAGGUAGUGGCGGUGGUCGAACCGCCGGAGGUACAGGACGCCAACAUACAGACCGACACGCCGGUCAUGAGUGAGGACGAUAACACGCAGCUGGCCGGCGGCGGCACGGACUCGGAAGCGACGGAGCGUCUGCCGCACGACGGGUCUGCGGACACCGCCACACUGACCUCCGCUUUCCACGCGCUGGCCAGUGAUCCGCUGUGCCAUCAUGGUGCUGUCCUCGUCAGCAGCCACACCACCGAUACGGCCAACGAACCAUCGACCCUUUCCGUCGGUGGCACUGUGGUCUCCAACUGUGAUCGGGUCGACAUGGAGCUGGAACUGGCCAAAAAGCAUCCUCCGCCACUGGCAGCGAUCCAGCUCGAACCGGAGAACCUGUCGGUGGCCGCGACGACGACGACGACCGGCCCCCGUCGGCUAACGAAGCUGGAGCUCUACUCGCCGACCCAACCGGACAAGGAGUCCGUUCCGGCCGAUCCGGUUCCGGCACCGCCACCGCUGGUGCCAGUGUCGGCCGUCGGUGGCCAUCAGGAGCACCCGGUCGAUCUGAGUGGGCUCGAGCUGCUCUCGCACAGCAUCGAGGUGUUCCAGAAGAAGGCCUCGCUCAUCAAGAAGGAACCGAUCUCACCGCAACACCCGACGGUCCCGACUCUAGUGCCAUCGACGCUCCCAAUUCCUGCUGCCAGUGAGCCGGUGCCGGUCGCGGACCAACCACCAUCAACGCCCGCUGCCUUCGCUCCGCUGCCACCGACGUCCGUUCCGGAAGCGUUCCUACGUGCUGACGAACCGAUGGGUGGCCUCAACCUGCUGUGCGCGCUGGCCGAGCAGCGGUUCCAGGAGGAGGGAAUGUUCAAGAAGGACUCACCGGUCACCACGGCGAGUUCGAGCAGUUCGAGUAGCAGUUCGAGCAGCAGCGCCAGCAGCAGCACUGCUCCAUCCUCGUCCUCGUCGUCGCCUGCUUCGCAGCCCGAUUUGUCAUCGGGCAGCGACAAAGCGCACGUGGAGAGCGCAGGGUCUUCUCCCCGCAGCGGCACCCUGCCAGUGAUGGCGGCUGCAACGGUGGAAGCCGGAUCCGGAUCCCGAAAGCGGAAACAUAAGCAUUCCAAAGAGUCGAAGAAGUCGAGCAAAAAGUCCAAGCAGGAGAAGGAACAGCGGCGCGCGGAGAAGCGCCGCAAGCACGGCGCGGUGGCGGAAGGUGGACAGCAGCACCGGGACGGUAGCGAAUUCGGUGCCGAGAUCAAGGAAAGCUUGUCGCGCGUGAAAGCGAAGCUAGCGGGUGCUGGCGGCAGCGUCGGUGGGGCCGGUGGCCGGUGUGGCUGUAAGGAUGGCCACGAGAAGGAUCAUCGCUGUUGCCGGACGGCACAGUGGCCGACGGCGAACGAGCUGUUCAGUGUGAUCGAGUCGGACAUGAAGGAGCGCCUGGAGCGGAUCACGCGCCAGUGCGAGGAGAAGAAGCGGGAGCUGGAGCAGAUGAGUACGGCGGCGGUGGCCAAGGUGAAACCGAUGGCAGCGACGGGGUCACCGGGCAGCAUGGUGAGGAUACCGGAGCUGAGUAAGAGCUACUUCGGAGGCGGAGGCUUCGGUGCGGUCGCGGCAGCCGGUGGAAUGCUGGGCAGUGUCAUCGGCCCGGUGGUCGGCCCGACGGCCGUCGGUGGCGGCGGCAUGCUCAGUGCGUUCGGUUCCGGCACCCUCGGCGGCGGCGGCGUCGUCGGCAACUCUCAGGUCCUGGGAGGGCCCAAGUUUAGCACCAUUCCGGCUCUGUCGCCCAGCUUCUCGUCGUCGUCAAACUCGACGACUUUCGUGGAGCUUCCGAAGCUCAGCUCGGACACAGACUCGAGCGGCAAGCGGGAUCCGGACGACGAUGGCUGCUGCUCGACGUUAACCUACUCGAAGCGCAAGGGAGGUAUCCCGAGGAAGCACGACGAACUGACGCUCACCGAGACGAUCGUGGCGAAGAAACCGAAACAGAGCCUGGUCGGGUACAUCCUCGCCUCGAAGAACACGGUCGGUGGUGGGAAGGAUGCGUCCCAGCUGGCUGGCGUUCCAAAGGCGGACCCAAAGCUGCAGCAGCAGCAGCACCACAACCACUGGAGCCACGCGCUGCACCAAUCGUCGGCGGUGAAUGCGCUCGCCGUGCCCAAACAUCAACCUGGCGCGGGCCCGUUGCUCCUGGGCCAUCCGAUCAGCGAGUCCAAGUUCAAAAAGUCCCCGAUCCACUCGUCCAAGUUCCAAGAGAGCAGCGCGGCCAGCGACGACGCCAGCAACCUGUCGGACAGCUCGCUGGUGAAGCCGCAGCUGGUGAAGAUCAAGUCGCCGUCCGGCGGAGUGUUUGCGUUCGAGGACGAGAACAGCAAACCGUCCGAGGCGGCCUUCAGCAUCUUCGGUGGCAAGCCGUCGAUCUUCGACAAGGUCAAACCGGGCGUAGGCUCGCCAUUGGCCGCGGGCUUAAAGCUGUCGCCGGUGAAGGCGGCCGUCGUGACGCCGCUCAUGAAGUCACAGCUUCAGCACCACCAUCAUCCGACAAACGGCGGUGGAGUGGCCGGCCAACCGGCCAACGGGCACGCCACGGUGGUGGUGAAGCACAAGAAGUCAUCCCGGGGCAGCAAGGAGCGCAAACGGCGUAGCUCGGAGAAGAAGCGCAUCGACCAGCGCUGUCUGCUGACGAGUGCGCACCUCGGCAAGGAUAAAACCCGCGUUCUCACGGCCAUGGGCGGCCUGUUCUAUGCCGGGUGUCUGAGCGCGGUCCAGCCACCGGAUAUCUACGCCGUCACGCUCGACGGCGAACGGGGCAAUCGGCCCCACAUUAUGUCCCGCGAGGAGGUGCUCCGCGAUGCGAUCCUGGAGGUGGCCCCCAAGUCCGUGGACGACAUCAUCCCCGGCACCCGGCUGUGCGCGUACUGGAGCCAGCAGUACCGCUGCCUGUACCCGGGCGUGGCCGCCGAACCGGCGUCUCCUGAUCCGGAGCAGCGGUUCGUGAACGUCGAGUUCGACGACGGCGACAGUGGCAAGAUCGUCCUCGAGGACAUUCGCUUCCUGAUGAGCGACUACCCGAUCGUCGAAUACGAUCCCAAUCCUCUUCUAUCGCUAGGCAAGCGCAAGCGCCAGCCAAGUCACCCGGACCCGGCCGCCACCCAGCUCGGGACGCUCGGUCCGGUCAGUGUCCUCGGCUCGGUGUCCAGCACACUGCCAGCUCCACCACCACCACCACCACCACCGACGACGGUGGCGGCAUCAACCGCAGCCACCACCACCACGACGACGCCACUGCUAACGGCCACGGUUACACCGAUGAUGUCCUCGCUGGUAUCGUCCGGUGCCGGCGUCGGUGGUGGCUCAUCGAUCAACAGCUUCGCCCUGGCGACGGAACGGGCCGAGAAGCGGCUGCACGACGAAGCGUACCGGGAGGAGCGCCGGCGGUUGAAGAAGAUCCGUAAGGACAAACUGCGCCGGCUGGCGGCGACGAACGCCGAACUGCUGGCUGCCGCCGCCGCUGCUGGCGGCGGUCCAGCUUCUUCCGGCGGCGUGGCGCACAAGCACAAAAAGUCCAAAUCGUCGAAGUGCUACGACGAGCUGUGCAAGCACCGGAAGCACAAGAAGCGAAGGAAGCACAAGAAGCAUCACCGCGACGCGGACAUGAUGGUCAGCCCCGGGCAUCAUCAUCAUGCUGGUGGGCUUCCUUCAUCACCGGAUGGCCCUGGGGCGGGCUCGAUGGAUGACGACAUCUCGCAGGGUGAUAGCGCAUCGCAAACGGCCACCGGUGGCCGGUACGGUGCAGUCCCGCGACAACAGCAACGGGGUGUUUCAUCACUGGCCGGCAGCAGUCCGAUCGUGUUCCCAACCGCGAGCGCUGGCGGCGCGGCCGACAAGGAGGACACCAUGACGGAGGAGGAAGUCAGCUCGUCCGUCACCGAGAGUUCUGGCUCGUACUACCAACCGCAGAAGAAGUCGGCGCCCGGAGCGGAUCGCAAACCGUCGACGGAGCAGAACGGCAGCAAGAUUGCGGCCUUCCUGCCGGCCCGGCAGCUGUGGGCCUGGUGUGGCAAAGGGUACCGCCGGUCGACCGGCCGCGUAAAGAAGCAGUUCUACAAAUCGAUCCAGCGCGGCAAGGAGACGAUUUCGGUUGGCGAUUCGGCCGUGUUCCUGUCGACCGGUCGCCCCGAUCGGCCCUACAUCGGGCACAUCGAGUCGAUGUGGGAAACGUCCACCAACAACAUGGUGGUGCGCGUCAAGUGGUUCUACCAUCCGGAAGAGACCCAGGACUGUCCCAAUCUCAAGUACCCGGGUGCCCUGUUUCAGUCGCCGCACGAGGACGAGAACGAUGUGCAGACGAUAUCGCACAAGUGCGAGGUGCUGGCGUUGCGCGAGUACACCGGCAAGUUCGGCGCGGACCCGAAGCAGUACACGGCGAUCUACGACAACAACGACACGUACUAUCUGGCCGGCUACUACGACCCGACGGUGAUGACAAUCAAGAUGCAGCCGGAAAUCGAGAUCCUUCCGGCGAACGAGCGGUGGGUCACCAGCAGCAGCACGUCCGGUGGUGGCGUCAAGGGCAAGGGUCACGGCCCGUCCACUUAGGCAGCAUAUUCGAAAGCAAUUGCAAAAGCAAUGUGUUUGUGUCUGUGUUUUGUACCCCCCAACUUCGGAGACAGUUUGUUGUGUCUCGCGCUCUACAAGAGCCUCGGAUAUCAGAACGCAAGGGCGCGUUACAAAUCAGUCUUAGGCGGUCGCUUUACAAAAGUGGCCAUACGCGUUUAAGUGAGCUCUAGGUUUAGGCGGCGCACAUAGGAGUAUAAGAGGCUAAAUCCCCCCGUGGGGGGGGGGGCUUCAGAGACAGCCGACGACUGUACAGAGCUGAUACUAAUCAUAAUCGCGUAGGUUAAGGAACACCCUUACUUUAAU